AUGGCUUGCUGUGUUGCCCGCUGCUGCAGCGUCCCCACCGGCCCCGCCACCACCAUCUGCUCCUCUGACAAAUGCUGCCGCUGCGGAGUCUGCCUGCCCAGCACCUGCCCCCAUGAGAUCAGCCUCCUUCAGCCCACCUGCUGCGACCCCUGCCCUCCACCCUGCUGUGAGCCUGAAAUCUAUGUGCCAUCCUGCUGGCUGCUGGACUCUCGCCACCCAACUCCCGGGCUCAGUGGCAUCAACCUGACCACCUACGUCCAGCCCGGCUGUGAGAACCCCUGUGAGCCCCGCUGUUAA